GCGUUACUAUAGCUACAAGCAAAACAGUUUCCCCAAGCGCUGUUUCGGGUGGGAAACGUGUUGAAGACACUUGGGUGGAAAUUACAGCCUGUGAAGCUUACAGUCCGAUCCGAGAGCACCAUGAAUUUAAACAACUUUGUGAUUCUUCCCAGCAAGCCGAAGUCAAUGAAGUUAAAUGUCAGGAACCUUCGGGAACUCCGUAUGGAAAAGGUGCAGUUGGAUAAACAAACCAAAGACAUGGAGAGCAAACUGGAGGAGCUGAGAGAGCGCAUGAGCCAGGAAAAAGAGGAGAGAGAGAAAACUGGCAGAGCUCAUUGGUGUUCCUCGCAGCCCGGAGUUCUCCGCCCCGCGUUUCACGACGCCAAGACUAACAAGGAGAACGCAGCUCACACACUCUCUCCAGGCAAGAUGAAGAUUAGAGUGUUGAAGGACGAGCCCUUGCCAGUCGUACAGAAGCAGAUGGUAGCAGAACCAGCUGUCAAGACACAAGACACGAACCGGAAGCUCAGACUGAGGGGUAAAGUCUGUGGACAGUGUGAAGUUCAGCUGGCUGGAUUGAUGUGUUCUGAAUGCGGAGAGGAUUACUGCGUCGGCUGCUUUGUCAGAUUCCACCAGAAGGGGGCACUGCAGCGCCAUCGAAUGAUACCUAUACAGGCACAGCUUCAGACCCCUGUCACCACUCGAGAUGUGUUGGGCCGCGUCCAGGAGCAGGUACGACACCAGCAGAGCCAACUCGCCCACAACUCCGUCCCCAAAUCUGCCCAAGAAAGAGAGACGCCAGAGCAAAUCGAGAUAAAACAGCCUGAUGAACAAACACACCGCACACAAGUGUUGUUUGUAAAUGACGGAGUUGACGAUGAGGAGGGCGGCGAGGUAGAAGACAGCUCUGUGUUGAGAGGGUGCUUUGAUGAAGAUGAGUCAGCCAGGUCCUUCCAGGAAGCUCUGAAGGAAUGGAGAGAGAAAGGGCGGACAGGAGACGCUUUCAGAGCCGGACCAACAGCAGCACGGCCAGUGUCUGCCAUGGAAACACAGACAGAGAAGAAACAUCAGCAGUUCAUCCAUCUGGAGUUCAAGGAGGACACUCUGAGCUACAUGGAGAAACUCCUUCUCAAACAAGCCCGCAGAGGCCAAAUUGAACAAUUUCAGUCACAGUCUGACACCCGCCGCUGGCCGGACCCGACCACACCUCCACCCGCAGAGACAGAUGAACUGAGUCAAAAACUGACAGCGGAGAGGAUGGAGUUUCGUAAGUACUUCACUUCUCUCUUCGCAGUCGCUCUCGCUGAGGAUGCUGGGAAACCGAGCGGCCCUGCGGAAUCCUGCUUGCGCAUCGUAGAUUUAGAUGAGAUGGAAACAGAUGCUGCGGCACACAGAUCCUUUGGAGUCGAGGAGGAAAAUGAAAGCAAUAUAAGGUUUGCGUCCGUUCGAAAUAAAGAUUCAUCUCUUCCCAUCCAAAAUGAAGUUGGAGGAUGUUCAAUGACAUCGUCCGCAUCAUCUUUGUCCCAGAUGAGCAGAGGUUCACCUUUGCCAAGAUCAGAAAGCUCUCCUUCACUGAACACGAGACUUCGAGGAUCGCAUCACUCCACGGCUAUGGCAGCGAGCUCAGAAUCAUUUCUAAAUGUGCCAAGGGAGAGCCAGAAUAUUGAAUAUUCCGCUGAAGUCAUGCCAUUCACCACACUCACUGACUCUCCGAAAUCAUGUACACAAUCUUCUACGGCACAACAGAACAAGUCCUUAAAUCUUGUGCCACCAUCAUCUUUGUCUCCCAGAACCAGGUUGAAGCCAACCCUCCCAGACAUCAUUUCCUCUCCUGCCAGCUUUCCAUCUGUCAGUUCUUCUCAAAGUCAAUCGCCUGCAUUUCUCGACUCUGAGCGAAGUCCAAGACCUCCAGAUUCUCCGUCCUCAAGGUCAAGAUUGGCUUCGUCACCAGUGAAGCCGAUGAACAGUCGACGUUCAACAUCACAUUCUGAUCAGAAAUUAAUUCCACCCCCAAGACGUGUCACCGCUUCUCCAUGCACUCCAUCACCAUCAUCACCUGCCCAUGACUCCAUCAAGUUUCCUAUAAUGGAGAUUAGUUCCCAUACUGAUGGGAAUAAUACACCCCCGCCCUCCAGAUGGUUAAAGGGCGCACGGAGGUCGCCUCAAACCGGGACACUUUCCUUAGAGUUCAGCAUGUCAGAUUCAGAAGAAGACGUGACAGGUGAGGACGUCUGCCUGGUGCCCAGCGAGGAAGACUCCUCAGAUGAAGAACUGAGACGUAUCAAUGAUUCAGAAGUGACGAGGAACACUGCCUGUCCCGCCGUGACCCCUUUCUCAAAUUCUCUCUUCGCUCUCCAGCGUCGUGAGAAUACUGAAGCGGGUCUGUUAACAGAAUCUUCCCAGGCUCUUCGUUCUAUAGCCCAGCGACGGGACGUCCAGCCCGAACGUGACCGAGGCCUUGAGGGGUUCUUCACUUUGGGACUGGAGACUGGUGAUGUGCUCGGACCGACUUCAUCUCAGACCCCCAGAGAAAGACCGAGCAGCACGAAGUGUUCUCUGGUCCAAGAUUUUUGGAGACCCAGCAGCAGUCUUCAGCAUAAUGCAGAGGAAGGGUUCAUGAAUGUGCUGGUGAAUAGUCGACCAAUCAGAAGCCCCCUUCAUCCGGUCACUGCAAAUCAUGGCACAUCACAGAUGCAUCAAGAUGUCUCCAGCAGAAGUUCCUCUCGCGCCAGCGCUCCUCGGCCCAGCUCAUCUGCACGCCCCCUGUCCCGAGCAGCCCAGGAGAUCCUGGAGGUCCAGACCGUAGAGAAGCCUGAAGUCCAGAACUCAGAUGAGGAAGACGAGGACUGUCGGGCUUUGGCCUGCCUGGAGGAAGAGUUCAGAAACAUGAGCUGUACACCAUGUGACCAGAAUAAAUACAACAACCCAUAUGACUUAGCUUGAUAGAUUUUAGUGUGUUUAAAUCGAUUUUAAAAUAAAUGUUUAUGUUGCACGUAUAAGAUUACAUUGAAGAGAUCUACAGGUUGAAAAGGUCUACAACUAUUUAGAUCCAUCUAGUUUAAUUAAAAAUUAAAAUGUGUAAAAAUCGUGCAUAUUGCUUUGUUUUUGAGUAAUAAUCAAUAAUAGGUAUUCUCAUAUCUACAAAUAUUCGUAUGGUAAUUAUAACACAUUUUAAUAGGCUAAUAGCAUCUGUGCACAUGUGUGAACACACGCUUCAUAUCGUCACUGUAUAUAGAAAUGAACCUAUUGAUUUAAUGGUGGGUUUUUGAGUUUAUUUUUAAAGGAGGGGGUGGGAAUGGGAUAUGACCCAGGUCCACACGCACAUGUACAGCACAGCUGAAGCUCUUGAUGUUUGUUAGUGACUUGCUUAUGAAACGUUCUUUCUAUUGUACCUGUUAUAUAAAUGCGUUCGAUCAAUAUUACCACACUUUUCUACUCUCAGAACAUCGCUAGCAACUUUGAAAGACAGGAGUUUCAGAAAGCCACACACACCACACGCUGGGUACCUGCUACCCUGGCAACUCACUCGUUAGAUCCGUUAUUAAAGUGAGCUCAUUAAGGGUCAGACUGCAUACUCAUUAAAAAAGCCUCUCAAACCCAACACACCCACUCUUGAAUCAUUCGCUUAUUUCAACAUUCACACAACUGCACGCACUGCUUAAAAACACACAAAUAAAAUCCAACAAGAUUUAUAUAUAAAUGCUGCAAUAAUAUACUGUAUAUAACGCAAGAACAUUUGAGAUUUAUUUAAUGAGUUCUUUUGCUGUGCUUAUUGCAUUGCAUUCUGGGAUACAUGCAGUGAAGCCUUCGAACGUGUCCAAAAUAAGCAGUGCUAGGAAGUAUCAAAUAUUUCUGGUUGCCGUUUUGUAAAUUUUGCCUAGUUAGGCAGCUCCCUGUAGGCUUUGGUAAAGAGCUUUAUUCUCAUCCCUCUCUCACCAUCUCAAGAUUCCUCCUGCCUCGUUCUUCAUCGGACACAAUCUUCUUAAAAUUCAAGAUUGCUACGAUCUUUUAACGCCAUGCAAAACCUUCAGCCAUGACAGCUUCCUUUAAGCAACACUGUGAGUGUUUCUGUGUGUUAGUGGUAUGUUGGUCCUCCAGCAGUGCUGCUGUACCUUUCCCGACAACAUUGUGUGUCUAAUGUAAUGGUAGCAUGUCUAAAGGCUUUGGCAUAUUUUUGAUACAAUUUUUGUAUCUUCCAUGGCUCAAGCGUCGCCUGCAAAGCGGCGUUAUCUCUGUGUGUUCUAUAUGUGUUUGUGUGCUAUGUGUGUGUGUGUGUGUUUGUGCAUUACACAAUGAAAUCUCAGCUGAAGGCCGACUGCUGCUUGUAUGUUGUGGUAAUAGGAUUAUAAGGGCUACAGUACAUUGAGAAUGUGUGUGUGUGUGCGUUUCACAUUUUCAGAUCGACCCUAUACAGCUGUGAAGUCAACACUCUGCCACACAAAAUACAUCUUUACAGUUACAUGUCAGCUAGUCUCUCUCUUUUUCUAUGUGUUUGGCAAAGUUCUUUUCAGAAACAAGUGUCUUGUGAAUUUUAAUACGUGUGUCAGCCUGCAGCUCAUGCUUUAUUCAUGUCGGGGCAGCCGAGAGCAUGUGUGAAUCUUUCAAAAACUGUCAAGAAAUGUCAGAGUAUGUUUAACCCCAAAAUAAAAAUGAUGUAUAUUUUUUACAUAUAUUUAUAUUUAGUUUGCAUGUAUUUAUCUAUAAUAUCUGUACGAAGUAUGAUGCAGGAAUGAAGGCGUGUUUUGCAUGUCUAUGAGAACAUGUGAAUAAAGGUUAGAUUCCAGG